AUGGAAUCCUGGACGGAAAGUCAACGACAUAUUUCAUGGUCUUUGCUUUCUUUUGCAAGAAUGAGACUAAACUUGCCAUUAGAAACCUGUACAGCAUCAGCGUUUAUGAUGGUUCAUAAAUAUUUCCUUCAAAAUACACAGACUGAACAUUCAUUAUUCAUUAUAUUAGUAACAGCUUUGUUUUCAGCAUGCAAAAUGAACGAAACAGUGAGAUCAAUGCAGCAAGUGUACUCAGAAAUACUUAAUUGUUGCAGAGAUUCAAAACGAAGAAUUGGAGAACAAAGACUUAUAGAUAAUCUAGGAAGAACAAAGUUCGAAGAAAGCAAACUAACUCAGGAAGAAAUUGGCGAAAUUAAUACAUGCGAAUUAGACUUACUUGAAGCAGAUAAUUUUAAUAUGAAAAUUGACUUGCCAUUUCAGCAUAUUGAUAAAAAUGUGAGACCAUACCUCAAAAAAUAUAAUGCAGAAUUACGGCAAUCAUUAAAUAAUAAACUUGUGAAAAACAUUUGUAUGUUUUUAUGUUUCCACAAAACAGCUGCAAUGCCAACAUUGCUACUUGCAAUAGUAGCUACCGAAUCUGCGUUUGAUGGAAUAGAAAUGCCACCAGAAACUCAAAAUUGGAUAAAUGAUAAGAAAUCUGAUUUUGAAAUUAGCCAAUACCAGUUAGCAACAGAACUAUUAGCUAAACAAGCUGCAAUACUCAACCCACAACAGCAGCAAAAGGCUCCCCAAUAA